AUGUCGACCCAACGCUUCCACGUUUGGUACCUGCGAAGAGAUGAAAUUCCUGCCCUCGUCGAUCUGGCUUACUCUGCUCGUCUUGCCCAGGUUGUGAACCAUGUCAUCUUCCAAAACAGGGGUGGUGAAGACAUCCAACGCGUCCAGUGUGAGCGCGCCGUGAGAGCCCUUUUUGAUGACCCCACAGCAAAGUGCGCCAUCAUCAAACCCGAGGAUUCAGAUGAGAUAGUUGGCUUCUGUAUCGAAAAGCGCUGUGUCAAUGAUGCCCAGGUCAAUUCACCCUCGCCAGAAGGACCGACAAAACCGGCAAAGCGCCCCAGGCUAGACCUCAGGAUAGUCACUGGAGCCUCUGAGCCUGAGCUACCUGACUAUCCCAACUUCUUGCAGCAGCCAAAUUCUCACACUGGGACCAAUUUGACAAACACUCAUAGCGAGAAGGAUCAGGACACAGUCAUGUCAGACGAUCUCAAUCGCUCCAGUCCAGAAGCAACCCCAAAGUCCUUUUCGGGCCAAUAUUCCGCCCUGCACUACCGCAACUUCUUUUUGAGUGAUCCCCCAAGCCCAGACGGCCACGCGAUGGCAGUCUACAAAAUUGCCAAAGAAAAUUUGAGCAUCAUUGACCAGCAGAUGCUUGGGAUCAAUUACAUUGGUGAGAAUAUGAUUGAGUACCUGUGGGUCAAGCCUGACUACCGAUUCAAGGGAAUUGGGCAAAAAUUCGUGGAUGACUGCAUUAAGGAUGCCACGAGUCAUGCACUCCCCCUUUACAUAUGUGCCGAGCCUACCGCUGCUGGGUUCUUUCGCUCAUGCGGAUUCCUUGAUACCAUGAGCUUUAUUGUGAAUCUGGCACAGAAUGCCCCGGAUAUGAGCGGAUAUGGGGAGCAUCGGUCCAUUUGGAUGCGUUGGCUCCCACCAGUUGGCAGGAGAUGA